GAAAGCUCUGCACCCAAUCACACUGUUGCCUCCCUGGCGGCGCCGUUAUCAUUUUACAACAACAUCUCUGACUUUGGAUCCGUGACAUUCCACCAUGUGUAAAGGACUUGCAACUCUUCCUGCGACAUGCUUGAAAAGUGCCAAAGUCAUCAAGCAUAAAAUAAGCUUCUUACUCCAGAAGCCUGAACCCCAAGCAGCUGAUCAGAAGCCAAAAAAUGAGGAGAAUGCUGCUGCUGAGAGCACGCCUACUACGUCUGAGGUGAAGAAAUGGGAGGAGUCUUUCAGCCACUUGAUGAACAGUCAAAAGGGUCGUACGGUCUUCGGCAACUUCCUGAGGUCAGAGUUCAGUGAGGAGAACAUGGACUUCUGGGUGGCCUGCGAAGACUACAAGAAGUGUUCACCUUCCGAGCUGGCAACCAGAGCCAAGCAGCUCUACCAGCAACAUGUUGAGGCAGAUGCUCCUAAUGAGGUAAACCUAGACGCAGCGACCAGAGAAGAAACGAGACAGAAUGUGGAGAAUGCCUGCCUGUCUUCUUUCAACAAGGCUCAGCAGAUGAUCUACAACUUGAUGGAGAGAGACUCCUACAGGCGCUUCAUCAACUCCCAACUGAUCCAGGAUCUGGGUCAGACACAGACCACCGGUGCUCAGGAGAAGAACAAGAAAAACUGGGACUGUGCCAAGAACAGGCAGGUGUUAGCUGGUGGCGCCUAAACAGCAAGCACACAUGGAAGACUUGAAGAAGGUGCCAAAAAAAAAAAAAAAAAAAUGAAUGCCGAGGUAAACAUUGGUAGAUAUUGGUUUGUUUUUGUGUUUAUAGAAUAGAAAAACCAGUGUGAUCUAAAAGGUUAAUGUGACUUAUUUUUAAACUUGCCAUUAAUUCCUGGACAUCUUUUGUUGAUCUGUUUGAAGUUGCUGCUGUAUGUCCACUUGUGCCUGAUUUGAAUAUUUUGUCAUUUUUCAUGUAGUUUUCCAAAUCACAAAGCUUGAUAGUGAUUCAAUAUUUUACAUUUUCAACGAACAAUAUAUACCAACGAGAAUGUUUAAAUGUUUGCUGCCAGUUUCACUACACAAUACAACCUGCUCUUCAAGUCAUGGCCAGGUUUUUAUUGAUAGUCACAACAGAAAACAAUCAAAAGCUACCUCCAUCCAACAGACACACCUUCAAACAACCCUACUGCCAGUGGAGCUAGUUGUCACUGAUACAGUGUGAUUCAUUUCAUUUGAGUAGUAGUCUCACUUUACCAAACCAUCAACACGCUGCGGAGCGGAGGAGGGUCUGGCUAGUCCACAUAGCAUUCCGGGAUGGUAGAAAAACGUACUCUGGUUUGGGGCGGUGCUAAGCUGUGCAUGGAGCCGCUGUAAAAUAGUUGUGCAUAAAAAAACUCAGAUUGGACAAAUAGUCUAGCUAGCUGCAGAGAUCUGAG